UGGAGCAGCUCGCCUAGUCCGACCUCAUAACUGCCUCUAUCUUCCCCUCCUCUUUCACUGCCAGGUGAACCCCACCUGUCGGGGGUCUCCCAACCGGGAGACGACUGUCCCCUAGUCGCCUCCGCCGCUCCGCGUCUGCGGUGACCAGUUGACCACAUCCAACCAUUCCACACCACUUCCAGGAAACUUCGUUUCUCCGGAUCAGCCUCCGCAUUUUUCCCUCGCCCUUCUGUUCUUCCGCGCCAGUUUGGUAGCAACUAGCAACCAAACCAUCCUGACAAGUUGCGAGACUGCCACUGCGAGAGAGAUGUGGACGGUGCUGGGGCAGGCGGCGACGGUGGCGCAGCUGGUCGGGGCGGACGUCGGCGGCCUCAUCUCCAUGAUAAUCCAGGCAGCAGUGACGGCUCAGCAGAACAAGAAAGAGUGCGAGCAGCUCGCCCGCCGCGUCUUCACGGUCGGCGAGCUGCUGCAGCACCUGCAGGACCCGGAGGUGCUGCGGCGGCCCGAGAUCCGGCGGCCGCUGGCCGGGCUCGACGACGCGCUCCGGGAGGCGCACAAGCUCGUGAUGGCAUGCCAGGACAAGAGCGCUGUGUACCGGUUGGUGCUGAGCGGAAGGCAGGCUGAGAGGUUCAGGGAUGUUCAGAGCAGGAUCGACUCCUACCUCCUCCUCUUCCCCGUUAUCAGCCACAUAGACAUCACUCGUCGUCUCGAUCGAAUAUACAACAUCCUGGUUCCAAACGACGCGGCCGGGCCAUCAUCUACGCCUGCUUUCUCCAUGCACCAGAUCGCCGUCCAAGACUCCCAGAAUGCUCCAAAGAUCGAUUGGAAGGAAGCCCAUCAGGUCGAAGUAUUUACUUUUAAGGAGCUCGUAAAGGCCACCAACAACUUUGCUCCUGACAAAAAGAUCGGUGAAGGCGGGUUCGGCUCGGUGUACAUGGGAUGGCUUCCUGACGGUCGAGAGGUAGCCAUCAAGCGGAGAGAGCACGGCUCAGAUCAAGGGAUAGAAGAGUUCCAGGCAGAGGUGACCAUCCUCCACUCAGUUAGCCACAAGCACAUCGUCCGUCUCUUUGGAUCCUGUGUCCCGCAGAAGUUCCCUGUGAAUAUCUGGAAAAAGCAGGACGAGAAGCAGGGAGAUCUGUCGGUCGUCUAUGAGUUUCUUGAGAACCGCUCGCUCGACAUCCACCUGCACGGCCAGCCGUCGCCGUCGCCGGUGACGGCGUCCUGGAAGAUGCGUAUCGAGAUACUGCUUGGGGUGUCCCGGGCCAUCGAGUACCUGCAAUCUUACGCAGAGCGGCCGGUGAUCCACCGCGACGUCAAGCCGUCCAAUAUCCUUCUCGAUGCGAGCUGGGCGCCGCGCUUGACGGACUUCGGUUUGGCACUCACAUGGGAAGGCCCGGACCAUAUGGAGUGUGUCCGCGGCACCUAUGGAUACGCGGCCCCGGAGUACAUUUGUACAGGCGCUCUUAACCUGACGAGCGACGUCUACAGUUUCGGUGUUGUGAUGCUGCAGCUGUUGACGGGGAAGAGAUCAGCAUGUUUCAAUGAAUUAGUAAAAUGGGAGGAGGGGGCAAAGAAGGACCACUUUGCUCGCUACACCUUGGUGGAGUUGGAGAGGGAAAAGCAGGACAACUUUGCUAGCUACGGCUUGGUGGACUUGACCGUGCCACUGAUUGAGGCGGGUGAGCUGUGGAAGGUGCUGGACAGGCGCCCGGCAGUGAAGCCAACGCCGAGACAGCUGGAGGCGGCGGAACUGGUGGCGCAGGCGGCAGUGCGCUGCGUGCGGCUGCAGUGGGAGGCCCGGCCGUCCAUUUCGGAAGUCGUGGCCACCCUCGAGACGGCGCUUGAGCUGGCCCGUUGCGAUGGCUAGUCUGGUUCGGGAGUCGGUGAAUGUAUCUCUCAUGUAGAAUGAUCCAUCAUGAUUAACGCUGUUGCUUUGUUCCCUCCUGCGCGCUUACACAAUUAGACAUAUCAAUAUAUCAUGGUGAGAUGGUGAUGAAAAUUGAAACUUUAAUGGUAGCUUGACAUUUGUAUUCUUUGAAA